UUCAGAUGCAUGUUGACGCUUACACCGACCGUACGUCUCUCGCGCUCCGACUGAAACAAAACUUUUUACGUCACAAAAAAAUACGGAACACAACGUUUUUUUACGUGUAAAUAAGUAAAAAAGACACUUUGUGUUAAUAAAAGUUCGAUAACAAAACAGUGGCACAGUUGUAACGUUUUCGAUUCGUGAUAUCAGUAAAGUAUAAAGUAGAAAGUUUGCAUUGCUUUGACAAGUCUUGCUGUUUAAACAGUGUUGCGUGUAAUAGUUUUAGUUUCGUGCAGUGCUUAUGUGAGGUUUUUGAACUGUAUCCGGAAACUUUUUGUUACUUGAUAAUCUAAAUAGAUACUCUACUGAACUCUAUUGAACAGUUAAUUCGUGAGACGCCAAAUAUUUUAGAGAUUAGUCUUGGAGUCGAAACCAUCUUAUCUACGUCUGUUUAUAAGAUGUGACACACCCACGAUGGCAGCCACGGAUGGCCAAAUCGUGGUGGCAGCGUCUCGUUGGUUAGACGAGGGCCACUAUCUCAGAGAGUUCGCCGUCAAGAACCGUCUGCCGAGCGUCGCUAAAAUCAUCAAAGGCCAGUAUGGUGGUCUCGGUGUACCCACACUGCCCAGCCCAGGCCUUCAGAGUACUGCUCUACUUGUAUCCGCAGGAAAGAGGAAGAAAAUCAUAGCUCAAGCCAUAAAAUUGAAAGAAGGAAGACGCAUGGUCAGUGUUGGUCCUAGAAUAGCUAUUCCUGAUACUUAUAAAGGAUAUUUUGAACUGCUCAGUGAAGAAGGUAGGGCAGUACGAUGUAUAGAAUCAGUAGCAGAACUAUCUAGAAGAAAACUAGAAGAUGGAUGUUUAGUAAGAGAACCUGUUCGGGUGAUUUGUGCUAAAACUGAUCUAGAAGGUAAUAUAACAGCUGAUGGAGCGAGAAAUAUGCCAGCUGGCGAAGUUAUAAUGCCCAAAGGAGAGGCGUUUUUAGGUAAAAAUAAAUAUUUGAAAUGUACUGAUUCUAAAGGUGAUACAGUGUUGUUGAGUUUGGAUCAGAGAGGAAAGUUCUCUGCUAUUGCCAAAGAAGAGAACAUAAGUGGAGUCCACACAGCUAAAACUUUGCUAACGAAACGUUUGCCGAUAACUGUAAGACUUGUACAUGGCACUCCACCGAGAGGACUGAAGAGUGCAAGCCAUUUUGUUCCUGAAUUAAGGUUACUAUCAAUGUUUGAAGAAGAUCAUGUUUUUGCAUUGCCCCUACCAAAAGAAGGUAAUGCUUUAGUAGCCUUACCUUUAGCGGCUCCCCUUAAAAUGCAAAAAUGUAAAAAUGAAGAGCAAAUCAAAAACUUCAUGGAGUUCUCUAGGUUAGUUGAAAAGUGCAAACGUUUGCUAGUUGAUGUGGUCGAUAGAAUACAUGUACUAGAUGGUAAAUUGGGUGAUCCAAAGAGACUACUAAAUGCGCCACUACAUGCCCCACCUUUGGUAAAAACCGGAUAUUUCUUGAGACGAAGCGCUUCAUCAGACACUGCCAAUCAACACAAACACAUAUCCCGUCAUAGUCAUAUCUACAGUAGUCACAGAGAUGAAAACAGUAUUCCCGAUGAAUAUGAUGAAAUUGAUCAAAUCUAUGAUUAUGUUAGAGGGUUUGCUCCUCUACCUAAAAAUUUAAAAUCUCCAUAUUCGAACGAACCAAAACACGAAUCGGCACCAUCGUCUCCAGCACCGACACCUAUCCAAAUGCCUUUAAUAACAGAAAUAAAACCCGAACCACCACCCAUAGAGACUAUACCGACUAAGAAGCCAUUGAGUUCUCAAAAAGCUGAGAAAAGAACCCGUAAAACUGCCAUACCUGCUAAGGAAACUCCUAUUACAGUAUAUAAAGAAAAAUGUUCCAUUGCCCCAGCUCCGAACAAUUUGCCCAAGUUGUACAUAAAAAAUAACAUAAACAAUAACAAAAAUAGAAUGGUGUUCCGUCAAAAAAGCAAUUCUCCUACCAAGGAGAAUCCUAGUCCAAUAACUAGUCCGGUACGUCCAAUUACUAAAGGAGACUCUCCCAUAUUCAACAUAAGGUACAAGAGCCUUUCUAAUAUACAUCAGGCUAUGGAGUUAGAUGGAACGUUAGAUUCGAGUCAUUCCGGUGGAAGAACGUCAGGAGAUUCGGGAAAUGGUCCAAAAUUACCAGAGAAGAGAUCAAGGAAGUUAAAUAGGCCGAAGUCGUUGACAAAUCUUGUUUGGGAACUGAAGGGUUGUCCUGUGGAAACGGAGAAACCAAAACCUAGGAUAAAAAAUGAGAAUUACAAGAAGAUUGGAAACAAACUGUCCUUGGGAACUCAGAAGAAGGUCCCGACGUUAUAUCUUUAAUCACUUGGUCUACAAUAUUACAGAAGAAACGUAAGAAGCAUCAAGAGACAGAAGAUAAUCACGGGGAAGCAAACUAAUUGGAAGAAGAAAUAUAUUGUCAUUUUUUUUAUAGAAUUGCUUAAUUUUGCCUCCAUAAGAAUCCUUGGUUAUUUUACCUAAAUAAUAAUAAAUAUAUGUAUUUUUUUAAUAAUAAUGACACUAUUAACCCAUUAUAAUGAAAUAUUAAGUAUGUAACUGGCUGAUUGUUCUGAUGACCAUAUUAUAUAUUUUUUUAUAUUUGUUCAAGCAUACGGCCCAUCCGAAGGAGUGUCAUAUAUAUUAGGUAUAUUAUGUUCUUAUAUUUUGCCAUCUUAUUUUUAAAAUAUCGUUUAUACAUUAUUAAAAUAUGUAUAAUCUAUAUAUAAUUUUUAUACAUGUAGAUAUUUUAAGUAAAAUGUGACUAUAAUACAUAAAAGUAUGUAAAUUUAACUUACUAAUAUCUAAACAUUCUGUUUUUACUAAUCUAUACCUAAAUAUUUGACAAGCGCGCGAUAUUGGCGCGAAAAUGAGAACUCAAUGAGCAAUCGAUAAAGAAUGAUAGAUUCCAAAUUCAAAUCGAAUAUUUUGUUUAUUUUUAUUUAUGGCCAGACUAUGUAUAGAUAUGUAUGUAUAUAUUUUUUAUUUCUUUCAUGUAUAUGCUUGAAUUCGAGUAAAAAAAAUAACCAUUUUUAGGAUAUAUGAGGGUAAAAUAAUUGAACACUUUCAUAAUUACUCAUAAAAAAUUGCUAUUAUCAUUCAUUCAUUAACGGAGGCAAAUUUUAGAUAAAUAAAUUGUGACAUUGAUUUUACCUAAAUAAAAAAAACUUGUUUGAUCUCUUAAUAAUUAUAAAUUGUUAUUUAUGAUUUAAAUGCCAUAUUACGGUGUAAUAAUUUUUUGGUGUUCUUUUAGAUAUAAGAUAUAAUGUAAUUAUUCUUUAUUAGUCCUUUUAAAAUUCGGCGUACUAGUUUAUUAGAUUUUAAAUUCCUAAUUUCUCUUUGUAAACCAAAAAAGCGAGGUGCCUUAUUAAGUAAAAAGAUCAGUUCUUUCUGUAAUGCUAUAUCAAUCAAAGUAGAAGAAACGUAGGAAUUAUAAAUAAAAUCAUUAUAAUUUGCGUACAGUUUAGUUGAAUUUCGUAAUAUGUUUUGAGUUAUGAAAUUAUUUUGUGCACAUAUCCAUCCAAGCAAGUAUAAAUGUUUUCUUUAAUAUUUUUACUUUUUAAUAAAAGAAAGAUGGCGCGGAUUUAUGAAUAAUAAAUAUUGAUUUACUUAAUUUGACAAUAGUAAUUGUCUCGUUAAU